AUGCUACUCUCAACUCUUCUAUUAUUAGUUACGUUCUACGUGAGGGUGAAUUGGGCUGUCUUUGAAUGUGGAAGCCAUGAAACAACAGCAUUCGUGCGUUUGGCUCGUGCACGUCUUACUGGAACUCCAGUUGUGGUGUCCACCGCUGGACACGACCUUACAUGUGCUCAGUACUGCCGUAAUAAUAUAGAGCCAACAACCGGGGCUCAACGAGUUUGUGCCUCUUUCAAUUUUGAUGGUCGUGAAACAUGUUAUUUUUUCGAUGAUGCUGCUAGUCCAGCUGGCACCGCUGAUUUAGCACCAAAUCCUUCAGCAAAUAAUUUUUACUAUGAAAAGACUUGCAUCCCUGGUGUAAGUGCGCACGAAGCAUGCACAUAUCGGUCAUUUUCAUUUGAACGUAUGCGAAAAACAGCUCUGGAAGGAUUUGUACGCAAAUCCGUUCAGGUGGGAUCUCGAGAACAAUGCUUGUCAGCUUGUCUCAAAGAAAAUGAAUUUGUUUGCCGUUCUGUGAAUUACAAUUACGACACAUAUUUGUGCGAAUUGUCGACAGAAGACCGACGUUCCAAGCCCAAUCAUUUGCGGCACAGCGACUCACCAGUUGAUUAUUACGACAAUAAUUGUCUGUCGCGUCAAAAUCGAUGUGGUGAGGCAGGUGGUAACCUAGUUUUCGUGAAAACUACGAACUUUGAAAUACAUUUUUAUGAUCAUACCCAAUCAGUUGAAGCACAAGAAUCAUUUUGUCUCCAAAAAUGUUUGGAUUCAUUAAAUACAUUUUGUCGUUCUGUCGAAUUCAGCCCAUCUGAAAAGAACUGUAUCGUGAGCGAUGAAGAUACAUUCUCCAGAGCAGAUCAGCAAGGUCAUAUACAAAGCAAGGAUUAUUACGAACCUGUUUGUGUAGCAGCUGAUUUGAGUUCUUCAACUUGUCGUCAACAAGCUGCUUUUGAGCGUUUCAUCGGUAGUCAAAUAGAAGGUCAACCAGUUGCUUCUGCUCAAGGCGUUACGUUAUCAGAUUGCAUAUCGUUAUGCUUUCAAAAUUUGAAUUGCAAAAGCAUUAAUUAUGAUCGCACACAAAUGACUUGCUAUGUAUUUUCCAUAGGACGUUCAGACGCCAAUGUUAAAUCGAAUUCGGCAGUCGAUUUCUAUGAAUUUAAUUGUGAAUCACAAUUCGGUGGUAUGGCUUUAUGCACAAAUGAGGGAAUUCGUUUCAUUGUAAAUACUAAAGAACCAUACACAGGAGCUAUUUAUGCUGCUGAACGAUUUAGCACCUGUUCUCAAGUUGUUGAAAACGCUAAGCAAAUCUCUAUCAAUUUUCCACCGCCUACAGUUUCAGCUGAUUGUGGUACUGUUAUAAAGGAUGGCAAAUUGGAAGCAUUAGUUGUUGUAUCAUUGGAUGGUGUGCUACCGCACCAGGUUACCACUGAAUGGGAUCGCUUCUAUCGCGUCUCCUGUGAUAUAUCCAUGGGGAAGAUGAUGCAUGAAGGUUCUGUGGUCGUUACAACAAUUUAUGACGCUGGAGAAGCAAAUACACGCAUUCUUGCGGUUGGAACUCCGCCACCAGUUACCGCAACGUUGUCUUUUCUUGGUGUCGAUGAUCAACCCUUGGAAAAGGCUUCAAUUGGAGAUGCAAUUCAGAUGGUUGUUUCAUCAGAACAAGCUGGUCCUCAUAAUAUGAUGCUAACCGAAUGCAAAGCUACACGAGUUGGUGGCGAGGGUGAUAUUGUACCUUUUACAAUCAUUGAAAAUGGUUGUCCGCGUUAUCCAGCUCUAGUUGGUCCUGUCGAGCAAGAUUUUGAUAAAAAUCGCCUUAAAUGUGACAUGAAAGCAUUUCGGUUGGAUGGUUCUUACGAUGUUCAAAUCCUAUGUCAAGUAAUGUUUUGUGCUGGACCUAGUGGAUGCCCACCGAGUAACUGCUUGGAUUCCGGAACAAAUGAGCUCUUUGUGUCAAAUGGACGACGAAAACGAAGUAUUACAAGCAGUGAGCAAACAGAAGGAACGCUCUCUGCAAUAAUACGAGUUCUUGCUAAAGGUGAAGAAGAAGAAGAAUACGCUUUGCACAAUGCUACUUUUGCAAAUAGCUCUUUCUCGAAAGAAUUCGAUUUGGUAUGCAUGUCUGAGAUCUGGUUCAUUUCAUCUGUCGUAUCAGUCUCCUUUGUAUGCUUGGUUUUAUCUGCGUUUAUUGUCAUAUGGGGUUGUAAUUCCCUGAAGAAGGAAAAAUUGCCGUUAUAA